CCACAUGCGAGCGGGCGCCUGGCGGCGGCGGCGGCAACGACGACAGCGGCGGCCCCAGAAUCGGCGGCGGCGGCCACGACGCGGACACGCCUGCAGCCUGAGCGGGAACAGCGGCAGCCACAGCCACAGCAGCCGCCACUGCAGUUAGAGCAGCAGUAGCCGCCGCCGCAGCAGCAGGCGCCGCAGCGAGCGGCGCUCGGCGGGCGCGUCCUCUCGAAGGAAGCCGCCCGCCCCCCCAUCACCGCCCCCUCCGGCGUGUUCAUGCCCCCGGGGCCUCAGGGAGCGCCAUGGCCCGAGCACGCCAGGAGGGCAGCUCCCCGGAGCCCGUAGAGGGCCUGGCCCGCGACGGCCCGCGCCCCUUUCCCCUCAGCCGCCUGGUGCCCUCGGCCGUAUCCUGCGGCCUCUGCGAGCCCGGCCUGCCCGCCGCCCCCGCCGCCCCCGCCCUGCUGCCCGCUGCCUACCUCUGCGCCCCCACCGCCCCGCCCGCCGUCACCGCCGCCCUGGGGGGCCCCCGCUGGCCUGGGGGUCCCCGCAGCCGGCCCCGAGGCCCGCGCCCCGACGGUCCUCAGCCCUCGCUCUCGCCGGCGGAGCAGCACCUGGAAUCGCCGGUGCCCAGUGCCCCGGGGGCCCUGGCGGGCGGCCCCACCCAGGCAGCCCCGGGAGUCCGGGGGGAGGAGGAGCAGUGGGCCCGGGAGAUCGGGGCCCAGCUGCGGCGGAUGGCGGACGACCUCAAUGCGCUGUACGAGCGGCGGAGACAAGAGGAGCGGCAGCGACACCGCCCCUCACCCUGGAGGGUCCUGUACAAUCUCAUCAUGGGACUCCUGCCCUUACCCAGGGGCCGCGGAGCCCCGGAGAUGGAGCCCAAUUAGGUGCCUGCAGCCGCCCGGUGGACGUCAGGGACUUGGGGGGCAGGACCCUCCCACCUCCUGAUGCCCUGGCCAGCGCGGGGGACUUUUUCUGCACCAUGUAGCAUACUGGACUACCAAGCCCUGCCUGUCCCAGGGGCAGGCCAGGGCAGCCACUCCAGCCCCAGCCCCGGCCUAGCCUGGGUGCACUGAUGGGAGAUGUGGACUCCUGGGUCCCUGGCUGGGAAGCCAGGGGAGAGAGGGCUGACGGACUCAGCGUCUGAAGGCAGCGGUGACAGAGAGGGUGGGGACGGAGCUGCCCGCCUCUGCCGCCCACCACCAUCUCAGGAAAGGCUGCUGGUGCUGGCUGCCCGUUCCAGCUGCAGGGGUGACACUGGGGGGGAGUCUCCCUCCCAGUGCUCCUUCACUUUGGGCCUGGCCUCAGGCCCCUGGUGCUUCCCCCCCUCCUCCUGGGGAGGGGGCCCAUGAAGAGCAAAUGAGCCAAACGUGACCACUAGCCUCCUGGAGCCAGAGAAUGGGGUGGGUCUGAUGGCUACCCCAGCCCAGCGCCCAGCCAUCUUCCCUGAGCCAGCCGGCGGGUGGUGGGCAUGCCUGCCUCACCUUCAUCUGGGGGUGGCCAGGAGGGGCCCAGACUGUGAAUCCUGUGCUCUGCCCGUGACCACCCCCCGCCCCCAUCAAUCCCAUUGCAUAGGUUUAGAGAGAGCACGUGUGACCACUGGCAUUCAUUUGGGGGGUGGGAUAUUUUGGCGGAAACCGCCCCAGCCUUAGUCCCCAGGGCGAAGCGCUGGGGGGAAGACGGGGAGUCAGGGAGGGGGGGAAAUCGCAGAAGAGGGAGGAGUCUGGGAGCGGGGAGGGAUGGCCCAGCCUGUAAAAUACUGUAUAUGCGCUGCUGUAGAUACCGGAAUGAAUUUUCUGUACAUGUUUGGUUAAUUUUUUUUGUACAUGAUUUUUGUAUGUUUCCUUUUCAAUAAAAUCAGAUUGGAACAGUG